AUGAGAGAUAAUCCUGAGAGAUUCAUUGAAAGUAAUACUGAAAUCUUGUGGUUAGAAUACCUUAAUAAUAUGUCUAUGCAAGGGACAUGGGGUGAUGCUAUGAUAAUACAAGCUGUGGCUGAUCAGCUUAAGUUAAAAAUUACUAUUACAGAGACACAUGAAGGGUUUCGUGAGUACAGUAUAAUACAACCUGUAUCAUCAACACAGCAACUAACUCAUGUCUAUUUGGGACAUAUAGAUGAGUAUCACUAUGUAUCAACAUUGCCAUGUACUUCAACAUCAGGUUUUGUUGAGAUAAAUCCUGAACAGUCAACCCAGACCUCUCAGCGUAAGCACACAAGAACACAGUAUAUAAACAAAUACAUGAAACAAAAACGAGCUAAUGAGACACAGAGCCCUGAGGCUAAGGAAAAGAGAAGAGUUUAUGCAAAGGAAUAUAGGAAACGUAAACAGGCCAGUGAGAGUUCCCAGCCCUCAACACUGAGCAUUGAGGCGGCUAAGCAAAAGAAAAGACUGUAUGCAAAGGAAUAUAUGAAGCGUAAACGUGCCAGUGAGAGUUUCCAGCCCUCAACACUGAGCAUUGAGGCUAAGCAAAAGAAACGACUGUACGCAAAGGAACAUAUGAAACGUAAACGGGCCAGUGAGAGUACCCAGCCCUCAACACUGAGCAUUGAGGCUAAGCAAAAGAAAAGACUGUAUGCGAAGGAAUAUAUGAAACGUAAACGGGCCAGUAGUUCCCAACCCUCAAAACUGAGCAUUGAGGCUAAGCAAAAGAAAAGACUGCAAACAACGGAAUAUAGGAAACAAAAACGUUGUGAGAUUGAACCACUACAAAGUUUAAUAUCCAAAUUUCACAAUGUUGUCUCACAAGGUCCUCUUUAUAUUUGCACUUGUUGUGACCAAUUAUGGUACAAGCAUAGUGUCAUUCCAGUCACAACACUUAAAGUAAAUAAUCCUGAUGUUCAAAAUAAUCCUGAUGUUAAUGUUCCAGCAGAUGUUGUUAAUACUGUUAACAUGUUGCCAAGGUUUACAAACGAGACAAGCACAAUUAAAGUUAACCUUAAGAGAAGAUUGCAAUACAAGAGUUCUGCUUUAUCACUAAAUGUCAGACCAAAUAAAGUAGCAGAAGCUGCCAAAUGGCUUGUAAAUAAUGGUAACCUUUAUAAAGAUGAAGGUAUAACUUUCAAUGACACUUGGCUUGAAAAUAAUGCAAAUACUCAAACGCUAUUUGAUGAUAGUGACAAUGAUCAAACCUCAGAGGGUUUAGAAAAUGUUGUGGGCUGUAAUACAGAAAGCUUGAACUGUGACACAGAAUGUAAAGCCCAGCAAUCAUCAGCAUGUGAUGAUGAUGAACACUGGAGUGAAGACAAGGCAGAAAUACCUGCUGGAAUCACUGACACUAUGUUAACAUCUCCAGAUUUUGUCACUGAUAAUGAACGUCAGCAUAUUUUAAAUGUUCCACCUGGUGAGGGCAAUAGGCCUAUGAGUAUAUUUUAGAGAUAAAUACUCAGAGGAAUUAGCAUAUCCUGGUAUAUUUCUUGGACAGAAGCGACCAGACAAGUCCAUUAUAGUGAAAUUUGUAAAUCUGAAUUAAGACGGUCUGAUCGAAGGGCUGCAAUGUGUGUGGAAAAUAUUUUCUUUAAAACGAAGAAAUUGCAAAUGAAAAUUUUGCUUGGGCAGUCACAAGUUGCAUUAAGAAAAUGUCAACGAAAUAGUAGCACAAUCACUGCCGGUCAACUAAAACAACCGGGUGCAUUAGAUAACAUGAUUCAUCAUGAUCAAGGAUUUAAAUUUCUUAGAGCUGUAAGGGGUUCACCUCCAUAUUUUGAAAAAGCUAAAAAGGAUAUAUUUGCAAUGAUCAGGCAGCUAGGAUCUGCUUCAUUAUUUUGUAGUUUUUCUUCAGCGGAAACACAAUGGACUCAUUUACUGAGAAUAUUUGGUAAACUUGUUGAUAACAAAACAUACACUGACACUGAACUUGAGAACCUCAAUUGGGAAGAGAAAAGUAGAUUAAUUCAAAGUGAUCCUGUGACAUGUGCCAGGCAUUUUGAUUAUCAAGUACACAAGUUUUUGCAAAACUUUCUUUUAAGUAGUGCUGCACCUCUAGGAAAAAUUGCAGACUGGUUCUAUAGGGUUGAAUAUCAACAAAAAGGAUCACCUCAUAUUCACAUGUUAAUAUGGCUAGAAAAUGCUCCUAGGUUCGGGGAAGAUUCUGAUUGUGAUGUUGUUUCAUUCAUUGAUACGAUAAUCACAUGUGAAAAGCCAACUGAGAAUCCAGCUUUACUUGCACUU